CCCCGGAUUGGCUUUCGCUUUGGGCCCGGUAACUUCUGUCAACCUUCAACACACCAUACCUAGUCUGAAUACCACCCAACCACCUCCCCCCUCCCCUUUCCCCCUUCCCCUGUUAAACCGGAGAUUCUCAUAUCUCUGUAGACCUGCUGACCACUCCCUGCGCUGGGUUUGAAUCCCGUAGUCGAUAGAGGCUAGCCACUCGGGGCUCACACCGGUCUUUGCCGGGGAUGAGGGGUCCCGAUACCGUGGUGCCCGCUCAAUGAGACGCGAAGCCCGGCCGGGUCAUCUGCAUUACGGCUGCUACCAUUGAGGGGGGAAUAAGAUGAUCAUGUCUCCUCCAUACUCACGUUCAUCCGCAAGGGCCGCUACACAAGACGACGAGAUCCAACCUCUCUUGCGGGGAGUCGAGUCUUCAUCCUAUAGUAAUACUUCCGCGAUGGCAUCCAAAGAUGCUGAGACUAUUGUCGUUGCUCCGGAUGCGAAGCCUGGCGCCGAUGAUGCUGCUCUGGCCGAGGCCAUUCGCCUCGAGCACAAUUUGACCUUCUCCCAGGCCGUCAAGCUCUACCCUGCUGCCAUUGGGUGGUCUGCUUUCGUGUCUAUUGGGGUCAUCAUGUUGGCGUUCGAUCCGCAAUUGCUCGGAAACCUCUACGCUACGCCUCAGUUUCAGAGAGAUUUUGGUUAUGAAUAUGAGGGUUCCUAUAUCAUUACUGCCGCUUGGCAGACCGGACUUUCCAUGGGUAAUCCCGUCGGUCAAGUUGUCGGUGCCCUCUUCGCUGCAUAUCCUAUGGACUGGUACGGCCGGAAACUGACCUUUGCCGUGUGCGUGAUUCUCACCGCGGGCAUUGUCUUCAUCCAAUUCUUCGCACGCUCGUUGCCUGUCCUCCUAGUCGGCGAGCUUCUCGGCGGUCUCGUCUUGGGCAUGUAUGUUGUCAUCGCCCCGGCAUACGCCUCCGAAGUAUGCCCCACUGCUAUCCGUGGUCACUUGACGUCCUACGUAAAUCUCUGCUUUGUCAUGGGCCAGCUCCUUGCCAACGGCGUCACAGCGGGGACUUCAAAGCUUGAUACCCAUUGGGCCUAUUCUUUGCCCUUUGCGCUCCAAUGGUUCUGGAUCCUUGUUAUCCUCCCCGGUUUGCUCUUCGUCCCAGAAAGCCCAUGGUGGCUGGUAAGGAAGGGUAGAAUGGACGAUGCGAGGAAGAGCCUGGGCCGUCUGGCUUCCAAGCAGGUCAAUGUGGACGCUUCUUUGGCCUUCAUCGUGGAAACCGACAGACUUGAGCAAGAACUGGAGGCUGGAAGCACGUAUUCCGAUUGCUUGAAGGGCGCCAACUUGAGGCGGACGGAAAUAUCUGUUGGCGUUUACUGCACUCAAGUUCUCAGCGGCAUCUAUCUCAUCAACUACGGGACGUACUUCUUCCAGCAGGCCGGCCUGCCUACUGACAAGGCAUUCGAUAUGGCCAUUGGAUUCCUCGCCGUUGGAUUCCUUGGCACCGUUAUCUCGUGGUACUUCUUGAUUCACUACGGUAGACGAACCAUCUACAUCACUGGCCUCGCUGCCUUGGUGUUCUUGCAGCUCCUCAUCGGCAUCCUAGACUGCGUUCCCGGACGUCCCUCUGGCGUGGCCUGGGCAGAGUCAUCACUCAUGCUCAUUUGGAACUUCGCCUACGACCUGUCCGUCGGUCCCGUAUGCUUCGUCCUCAUAUCAGAAGCUUCGGCAACCAGAGUGCGAUCCAAGACGAUUGCGCUCGCGACAGCUGCCCAGGGUGUCUUGGGGAUCAUCAUGACCGCUAACAUGCAGGGGAAGCUCGGCUUCUUCUUCGGAGGGCUGGCUGGGCCGUGCUUCAUCUGGGCAUGGUUCCGCGUUCCCGAGACAAUGGGCCGCACGUACGAAGAGUUGGAUAUUUUGUUCGAUAGACGAAUUCCGGCGCGUGAUUUCAAGGGUUAUGUUGUUGACGGCAUGAAUUCUGCCGAUCACUAA